AUGUUUAUAAUUCAUACAAAACUAAUUGCCUAAUUUGCAAAGAAACAAACAAUCAAAUCUAUGUUUGCUCCUAUUCAAAAGUCUUAGUAAAUAAAAGAAAGUGAAGAAUUCAAAGAAGUCAAGAAACUAUUUUAUAAAAUUAAUGAUGAAGAUAAUAUUAAAUAAAGCAUCCUUGAAAAUUAUUAACCUUAACAUAUACUUAAAUAAAUUGAUACAAAUUUGACCAAUUAUUUCUAAAAACGUAGUGUAGACAUCAAAUCUAUUAAUUUCUUAUUAUAAGCUAUUGUUGCAUAAAAUAAAUUUGAUUAAAUUGAUGAAAUACAAUAAUUCAUGGCUAAUCUCAAAAUUAAACCAAAUCUAUAAACACACAUGUGCUUUAUUAAUGCAUAUGGUAAGUUCAGAAAUGUGGAGAAAGCUGAAGCUUGUUAUCAAAUAGCACAAAAAUGUAUUACUUAAUAUUAUUGAGAAUUUGGAUCCUCCUUGCAUCUCUAUAAUACAUUGAUAAAUGUCUAUUGCAAGAACCUUUAAUCUGAAAAUGCUUUGAGAAUAUUUAAUGAUCUAAAAAGAGAUGGAUUCGAGCCAGACCUACCAAUCUAUACAACACUCAUUAAUUCAUUCUAUAGAGUUAAACAAUGGAAGAAAUGUUGGGAUCUAUUUGAUGAAGCCAGAUUGGAAUCCCAUCUAAAACCUGAUGAAAAUCUAAUUGGAUUAAUGAUUGAAAUAUGUGCAGAUGUAAAUUCUAUUUAUUAUAUUUUAUUCUAGACACAUGAAGCUGAAAAAGCCAUUUAAUUAUAUGACUAAAUGAAUGAAAUGGAAUUUAGAGACACUACCUAUAUUUAUAAUUCUAUUAUAAAAGCAUUAGGUUCAAGAAAAGAUGUAAAUUUAUUCUUUUAUUAUUAGUAUGCUGAAAAAGCUUUAGAAUAUUAUAGAAAAAUGGUUAUGACUUCUGUUUAAAUGGAUUCAGAUACUAUAGUUUGUACUUUAAAAGCAUGUUCUUAAUGUGGUGAUGUUAAAAUUGCUCAUGAAGUCAUUAAAUAAAUGAAAUAGCAUUAAAUUACACCUAAUAAAUAUAUCUAUACUUAAAUUAUUAGAGUAUAUAUAGGAGCUUGUUCAUUACCAAAUUUAGAUAAUAAAAUUGUUGAUGAAUAUAUUAAAGAUGCAUGGAAGAUAUUUAAUGAAGCAGCUUCAAAAUAAAUGAUAUCUUCAAGAACUUUAAAUUCAAUGUGUGAAUUAAUGGUAGCAGCAAAUAGAUUACCUGAUCUUGAAGGUUAGGUAUUACCAUUAUAUGAUUAAUAUUAAAUACCAAAAGAUCAAUUUACUUAUGAAUAAAUUAUAAGUAAUAUUCAAUUAUAUUUCCUAGAAAUUUUAUUUAUUGAAAAAAGAUUAUUAGAUCUAUUCAGAAUAUUUGAUAUUGUCAGUACUAAAAUGUAACCUACAUUUUAAAGUGUUUCAAAUUAUCUUGAUACAGCAAUAUUAUUAGCAGAUGAAGAAAAAGUAAUUGAUGCACUUGAAUGGUUCAAAAAAAUUGGUAAUUUAGAUUAUUAUAUAAUAGAUAGAUAACCAAAAUAUAAAUAAUUAAAGUAAUUAGGUACAAUGAAAAAUCUACCAUUAAGAAUCCAUGCUCUUAUGAAUGAAUAUGAUGCAAAAUUUGGAAAAGUUAGUGAUAAAAUUUACAGAAAUGAAAAUAAUUAAAGACCAGCAAUAAAAAAAAUAUGA